UGUUUGGCUGGUAAUAACCAUCGCUAGUGUAGGCCUAUUGUCAUAAACACAUGUAAACCACUGACGUCGGUAGGAAGUAUGUUUAUUGCCUAGUAAAAUGCAUCUGUGAACAUCUCAUAGGAUAAAUUAAGGAAUUAACAGUGUACCUUAAUUUACCAUAAUACAUUCAGCAACGUUUAACUUGUUCUAAAUUUCAAAUGGCGUCUGCUGUUGCCUCCAGUCUGACAACACCGGUAGGCAUGCUUGGUGUGGACCACUUUUACCGUGAAAAUCAAGGUUUUGACACUUUGUCUAGGAAAUAUCAGUCAAGUGAAUUAUUUACACCUUUUCAAGUACCACAACGACCGACAGUAUCUGAUUCAAGGUACCGCCACUAUCGAGAACUUCUUGAGAAAACACCGAGAGUACCAUGGGGUAUGCAUCGUGAAUAUGCUGGUGAAGGGCCCAUCAACCUCCCCGACGAACAUCGUCCUAAGAGUGAACCGCCCACUGCAGUUGAGAAAGGCCAUCGGCAUUUUGGAUCUGGGACUGAUCCAUAUCCAAGGGGUUUGCCAAUUGAACAAUAUUACAACUUAACAAAACUCAAGAAGAGCAAUAUCAGAUCAAAUGAUCAACUACUACCACGACCAGAGAAAAGUGACAUGACGGCGAUCCAAAUCGAUCGAAUGUUUCCAGCCGAACAUCCGUACAGCUCACACAUGUCGCGCUAUGCAAUGUUUCCGAGUUUCAGCAAAACGCCAGACGACUACAAGACUGGCGAGGUACAAAAACACACACUGCCGAAACAUCAUGAAAUUCCGUCUAAUCCGUACGCAGUUACCAUAGGAAGCAAGUCGAAGGGCUCAGCGCACCGCUGGGAAAUUCAAGAACUGCCACCGGAUUCGCUGAAGCGGGCACUUUCGUGGCCAGGCGAUGUUUUCUUCCAGAAUCGUAAAACACCACAUUCAGGUCAACAACAGUUUUACCCAGUUCCGCCGAAAUCUGUAUUACCGAAUCACGCACCGCGACAACUAGACUAUUCGAUUAACCCCAGAACAGCAAACGCACUACGCAAUGUCGAGCGUUCACAUUGGGUGACAACAUACAGUAAACAAUAUACAGGCUAUGGGCCGGCAAAUGCACUAGCGCUUGAUAAUUUCGAUGAGAAAAUUGAAGCUGAGAAAAAAUCGGGAAUCGAGGAUCAUAGUUUGUUUCAGGCCAAGGAACAUGUUAACUUACCUUCGGAGACACACGACAAUUUUCAGGAUCCUGCUAAGAAGGCUCAGUUACAGUCAUCGCGACCAGAAAAUAUCCGCCAAAGACAAGCAGAAGGUGGAGAACCAAUGAAUUCUCUUCCACUUCCUGACAAACUUGAAAAACUGAAGGAACCAAUGAAAGACCUACUGGUGAAACACACUGGAGACUUGUUAGAGUUGACAGAAAACACUAGGUGGCGACAGGCAGAGUUACAAGAACAUCGGGAUGAUCUUCGACUUCUCAAAAGAAAAGUCGAUUACACAACGCCACUGCUACGCCCGCCUGUUUAUUACGAUACACUUCAUAACAUCUACAGCACAAAACCACCAUUUUAUUACGACGGAGAAAAUCCUUACGAGUAUGAUUACGUCGGACCGUGGGACUAUCAUAAAACGAAUGCAAUUAUUGAUCAGUAUGCCAAAGAGGGUAAACAGGACGAAACUUUGCUCCAAUCCGAUGCAUCUAGAGUUCAUCCAUUUGACUGGGAAAAGUACCAGUUUGCAGGAUCACCUGGAAAGAAGGCAUAUGUUAUGCCAAAGUAUACGGGUAAUCAACUUUUAAAUGGAAUUUCGCGCCUUGAACAAUCGGUUGCACAGAAACCUAUUCCCCAGUCUAACUACGUACACAGUCACAACCCAGAUAGGAUCAAGUCUAUACUGACAGCAAGCGAUGGUAAAAUAAAUCUGGCUGAUUUAAGUUCAAGCUUACCGACGGCCUAUACUAGCAAACGAUCUUUACCAACAACAGCUAAAAGUGUGCAGAUAAAUGGUACUGUUAGGGUGGCUACUGGUGGUGGUGACGAGCCCCUCAAAGUAACAGAUGUUCCAACUGCCUAUCCACAAGAUAUUGGAGAUAAUUCUCUCAGGGUCAAAGGAACAUAUACAGGUCCGGUGGAAUAUGACGUGUACCGUAAUUCACAAGUAGACGCGCGCCACAUCAAUCCACAAGGAGCCAGAGACAGACGAUUUGAUUGGACAGCAGACUCUAUUCAUCGUCGAGAUCAAACAAAACUUCUAGAUAUUCAAGAUUCGUUCACUAAAAGUAACACAAGAGAUCAAUUUCACAAAACAUUCUCGGAAAGUGCACCCGAUUUAAGAAAUAAUGUUGACACAGGAAAAAACCAUUCAUUCGAAGGGGUAAAUUCAUACUACUGGCAUUAAGUCUGAUCUAAAAAUAAAUAUAUCAUUUAUUAUCAUUACGAUCCGUUUUACGUUACGUGCAAUGAUCACAUUCACGAUCUCAUCAUCGUCGUCGUUACCAUCAUCAUCGUCAUCAUCAUCAUCAUCAUCGUUGUCUCUGUCAAAUCAUAAUCAAUAUUAUGAUGGAGUUAUUUUAACACGUUGUGCAGCUCCCUCUAAAAUGUCCCCAGGCGUCCAAUGUAUGAGGCAAAAUGCUGAUAAAUAUCCCGGGGAAAUUCACAGCCUGUGCCCCUUGAAGUUAGCAAGUGAGAGCUGAUAGCUGCUACGCCACUGCUAGAAACAUUUUUUGUUAUGACCGACAUCAAUGACCUGUUAAAUUUACAGUAUCAUAACGUCAAAUUUUCACCAUAAAACCUUUUACUUUAUCUGGGGCCCUCAGUGUUUGAUUAAAAUUUCACUUUAGCUAUUUGACCCAUUAUUAUGCCCACCCCUGCAGUAAAGUAAAUUUAUUUUCAAUGGAUUAGGCCUACCAUAUAGGAAAUAUAUCUUACAUAUUUCCUCCAUGGGCCUACAGAGAUAUAUCUUUAAUAUGUACGUCCAUGCGUAAUCUAAGGACUUGUAUUGUGUUUUAUCCAGUAGAGUAGGCUAUGUAAAGAACGUGAAAUUUCAGCAAGGUUGGUGAUUUCUUUGGAGUUAUUAAUACAGUAAUCAAGUUGAAAAAAAUAUAUAUAUUAUACUCCGAAAUGAAUAAUUCAAUAUGCUUCGAU